UUGUAAUCUUAGGAUUCUUCUGAGACCAAUACAAGAACACCCUUCUACGAAAUGCGGUCUAUUCUUCUUCCUCUUGGAACCUCACUCUCUCUAACUCCUAUUACACUAAACACCUCAAAAAUCUCACCUUUCAAUCUUAAUCUCAAGAGACCAACCACUAUCCCAUCUUGGUCUUCUUCUUCAUCUUCACCUCAUCAAUUCUCACUUCUUUCUCUCUCCCAAUCAGGAUUAUGCAGGGCAAGUCAAGUGGUUGACUUGUUCCCAACUGUGUCUCCUGAAAUCAUAGUCCGCGAGGCGAGGUUAGAGGACUGUUGGGAAGUUGCAGAAACUCACUGCAGCUCCUUCUUCCCUGAAUAUUCUUUCCCAUUGGAUUUCGUUCUGAGGAUGGACAGAUUGGUUGCUAUGUUAGCCGGAGUCUCCAUACCGAGUGGCUGCAAAAGGACCUGUUUGGUUGCUGUUAUCGGCAGCUCACUCGAUCAAACUUUCUUGUUUGGAAGUGAUGAUUUCAAGAUUGGUGGAUUUGAUGGCAAAUUCAGCCUCAAUAAAGGUUAUGUGGCUGGUAUAUUGACUGUAGAUACUGUUGCAGACUUUCUACCUAGAAAGGGACCAUUGAGACAGAGAAGGACUGGAAUUGCAUACAUAUCAAAUGUGGCAGUGAGGGAAAAGUUUAGGCGAAAAGGAAUAGCUAAACUAUUGGUAGCAAAGGCAGAAUCACAGGCCAGAAAUUGGGGUUGCCGCGCAAUUGCAUUGCACUGUGAUUUGAAAAAUCCGGUGGCCACCAAGUUAUAUCAAGGCCAAGGUUUCAAAUGCAUUAAGGUUCCAGAAGGAGCAACCUGGCCUCAGCCAAAGACAUCACCUGAUAUUCAGUUCAACUUCAUGAUGAAGCUUCUCAACAAUUCACCUGCUUCUGUAUCUAAUUAGAUACAUAAGAGGAAGAAAUAUCUAUGUUGUGAUAUAUUUAAUGGGGAGGAAAGGUGCUAGAUGUGAAUGGCUUGUAAUUGGAGUGUGUGUAUAUAAGUAAACCAAAGAUAAAUCAAAAUCACUUUGGAGCAUUUUUUAGUU